UAAAUUGAUUGGAGCUGAAACAACCUAACUGUAUCUCACAUAAAUUCUUUCUUUUUAAGGUAGCCUUCAUCUUCAACAGUGAUUUCGAUACGUAUAAGAAACACGAAAGCCCUCGUUUCAUCAUUAAGCGCUUCCAAAUUAGCUCUUUCAACCGUAAUUUCCAGCUAGCGAGAUAAUUGAAAAGAUAAAUUAUUUAGAGCUAGAGUAGACUUGAUCGUCUCUCGCAUCAAUAUAUUCUCUUUAAUGUAGCGUUCAUCUUCAUCAGUGACUUUAAUACUAAUGAGAAAUACGAAAGCUCUUUUUUCAUUUGAAGAAUAAAAUAUCAAAGUCUUUAUCACAGCUGGCCAAGCAACACUGUUUGAGUCGAUUGAUAUUCAUUUGUUUCUACACGUAUCAUGUAUUCGAGUCUCUGAAAGUCUCAAAAAUCUUUAAAUAUCUAAACUACGUAUUACCUGGCAUCCCCUAAAUUGAAAACGCAUCAAAUUUUCAUAACUUUUUCUUGGCAUUUCACUCCACUCAAUCAUGUUUGCCGUUACGUACCUCUCUAGGCUCCGAACUGUAACGAAUUGUAAGAUUCAUGAGACAAAAGCGAAUAUUUCCCCGAUUGUUCUCUUAGUAAUCCGUUAAUUAAUUAAACUACCUCAACAUUUAAACCCAUAAUUUUAGUUCCACCCCCUUUUUUACGAUACAAAUGUUUUCAUUUAUUUGCCCCCAAGUGAGUACAUUGCAUGAGCAUUCGCAAUGACAGUUGGGCAGAUUGGCGCAAAGAACAGACAUAAAAGUUGGAAGUUAAACAUUCAGCCAAGUUCCUACUUCAUUUCACGCAGGCUUUAUUUUAAUGAAAACGACUUCGACUUGUGAUGCGAGCUGGUUGAGAAUAUUGGUGGUAUAUGUUUGAUCUUCACAUAUUUGUUUUCAGCGCACAAUACCUAAUCAGAUAAGUACAACUUUAAAUUAAAACAGCAACCUGAAAGGAGGAACAUGCAGACAGAGAACUUCAUUACCAAAGUUGUCCACUCUUCGCUGGUGCUGACAGCUUUGCUGGGCAAUCUUUUGGUUUGUCUUACCAUCUUGAAAAACACGAUAUUAAGGACACCAGUGAAUUAUCUUCUAAUGAAUCUCGCCAUAAGUGAUAUGAUAAUCGUGAUAGCUUUCACUCCUAGACAUAUACUCGAAGGACUAUACCAUCAUCCUCGAGGUUUGCAAGGAACCAUCUUAUGUAAAACAAUCACUUCUGAUACAUUCACCUGGGUUGGAGCGGUGUCUUCAGCGACAACGUUGGUAGUAUUGGCUUACGAGCGAUACGCUGCCAUUACUUUUCCUCUUGAAACACGAUCAAAGCUAAGCCGCAGAAAACUUAAGAUUUUAGUUGGCCUCGGUUGGUUUCUUUCCGCUAUCUUCAACAUCCCACUGUUUUACGUCAGAAGCCUCAAUCAACAGCGUGGAAUUUGCGAAAGCCAUUGGCCAAAUGUGACAUUUGCAAAAAGUUACAAUAUCGCUUGGUUAAUUUUGAUUGGAAUAGCACCGUUCUGCUUUAUGGCAUUUUUCUACGGGAAAGUUAUACUGCAUUUAAGACGAGAGAUAUUACCGAGGCAACAUAGAUCAUUAGCCACGAGGAAAUCGAGACAGAAAGUCACCAAAAUGCUUUUGACAAUAACAAUAAUCUACGGAAUUUGCUGGAUUCCAAACUUGAUUCUUUAUGUUGUGUGGUACUAUGUAUUAGAAGCAGAAAUAAUGUACACGAUAAAUAAGGUUCUUCUUUUUUUAAUAUUAUUAAAUUCGUGUACAAAUCCCUUUGUUUAUGCCGCACAGAGUCGAAUAUUUCGAAGAAGCAUGAAAAACAUCAUAUGCCCGGGCAAGAAUUGGUCAGAAAAUCGAAUGAAUAUUUCCUUGCCUUUAACAAGGUCACUGAAGACCUUAGAGAACGUGCAGUUGAAAGGCUUUGCGCCCCUAGAUAGCCAUGCAAAGAAAUUAGAAUUUCAAAACUUAGGAUGGCACUCUUGGAGAAAUUUUUAAGUUGAGUCUCGGAGCUAAUUUAUUACUUCGAUCGUGGUAUACUAAACUUAGUGGUUUGUUACCAAACGCGUGAAAGUAUAUAAUAUAAAAUUCAGGACUGGGGAACGAAGAAAAUAAUUUAAGCAAUCAGACAUUAACUGUAUUAUACCCACUGUUUAUUCAAUUCUUCAUUAAUUUUCUCACUUCAUAAACGCUGAUUCACUAAUGUAUAUCUGCUAAAAUGUGUUGACUAUGGAUACGAACAGGUAAAAUUAGUUAUGUUAUUUGGAAUCCGGUUAACUGUAUUAGUGGUCACUAGAUGUAGAAAAAUCCUACUGCGCAAAAGUCGAUAAAAGAAGCGUAAAGAAGCUCUUGCACAUACACUAGUGAAACAAGGGCUACUAAGUUAACAGUUUCUCUUUUGUAUCAAUUUUAAAGCUAGUUCAUUUUAAACCUCUUGAAAUUUCUUAAGAUUUUCGCCAGAAAAUAAUAUUAGUUUAGUCCAUCAUGAGAUAGCAAGUUAGACCAGAUGAAUUAGGGAUAAUUACAGUGCUUAUGCAAAUAUAUAUUCAUAAAUUGAUUGAUUAA